AUGACGCGUAAUGAAGUCGACCCACAAAGACUGAGCCAACCCUUCUCCCUCCCAGAUCCCACCAGUUUCUCCAACUUCCAACGCGACAUCUACCAGUCCUUCCGUCCUCCUCUCUUCUCAACAAACCCCGCACAAUGGGAAUCACUGGCCAGGGAGAAAGUCCCCGCUGCCAAUUUCGGCUAUGUUUACGGCUCAGCCAGCAGUGCUGCUACAGCCAAAGCCAAUACUGAUGCCUUUAAUCGGUAUCGACUGAGGCCACGCUUUCUCGUUGAUGUCACAAGGCGCGACGUAGGCGUUGAGUUAUUUGGAACAGAAUACAAAAGCCCUUUACUUGUGUCACCGAUUGGAGUGCAGAGUAUCCUGCAUCCCGAUGCAGAAGAAGCUACUGCGAGAGCGUGUCACAAUGUUGGUGUGCCGAUGAUUCUGUCAACUGCUGCUACGAGGUCAAUAGAGCAGGUCGCCAAUGCCAACGCAGAUGGUGACCGAUGGUUCCAACUUUACUGGCCCAAGCCUCAGUACGAGGAAGUCACAGCUAGUCUCCUCGCCCGCGCGAAAGCGUCCGGCUACAAAGUCCUCGUUGUCACUCUCGACACGUUCAGUCUGGGAUGGAGACCAACAGACCUCGACACCUCUUACCUGCCUUUUGUUUGGGGUCAAGGCUGCCAAGUCGGCUUUACGGACCCUGUCUUCAAUCAACUGUUUGAUGAGAUGCAAAAGAAUGAUUCACGAGGUGUGGGAGAGAAAUUGGCUGAGCUGUGGUCAAUCAUGAGACGACCUGGCACCGUCUACGGUGCUGCGCGCGUUCUUGCUAACGCAAGGACGAUGGCCAAGUCGAAAGCUUGGAUUGACGUGAUCAACUCGGGUACAUACCGUGAGUGGGCAUAUCUCAAGAUCCUGAAGGAAUUGUGGGAUGGCCCGAUUGUUCUGAAGGGAAUCCAGACGGUCGAAGAUGCUCAUUUGGCCAUUGAACACGGCAUGGAUGGUAUCAUUGUGUCCAACCAUGGCGGUCGUCAACUCGAUGGUGCCGUAGCGUCACUCGAUGCUCUGGCCGACAUUGCCGCUGACGAAAAGGUCAAGAGUUCCAAUCUGACAAUCAUCUUUGACAGCGGCGUUAGGACAGGAUCAGACAUUCUCAAAGCACUGGCCCUUGGAGCGAAGGCGGUUUCUAUCGGUCGACCUUAUGCGUAUGGGCUUGCUGCUGGUGGACAGCAGGGUGUAGAGCAUGUGUUGAAGUGCUUGCUCGCGGAUAUGGAUAAUAUGCUGGCCAAUGCUGGCAAGAAGAGUGUUCGGGAUUUGAGUCGAGAUGAUCUUCAAGUUUUACCUCUGUCAAAGCUAUAG